UUAUUAAAGACUAGCCUUAAGUACAACACUUUACAAAAAGGUUACAAUUGAACACCAUUUAGAAUUUUUAUCAAACAAGGAAAUAUUUGAAUUCAAUUGUAUUCAAAGAAGCUUACCUGUGUUCAGUGUCAAAGUUGAAUAAAAAAUUCAAACUGUUUUGCAAAAAAUGUCGUCUGAUUUAAAAUGGAUUGUAUUGCUGUUUUCCACUGGUGUUCCAUCAAUUAACAGAUCCUAUAGAAAUGAUGGUAGUAUAUCCGGUCUUAUUGUUCUGUUUCUAGUGGCAUUUAUACCAGUUUCAUGUUGUGUCGUGUUCUUAUCUUCAUUUUAGGGUCGAAAGGUCACGGAUUCGACGAUACUUACCUCAUAGUAUUGUGUGUAUUGGAUUUUUAGCUUAUAUAUGGUGAUAAUUUAUAUCAAUGCAAAAAGAAUUACUAGAAAUUGUAGCGAUACAUUGUAUAGACGGGACAAAACAGCCUAGUGAAAACUAAAAUUUCUAUACCUUUUCGGAGCCUGUGGAUUUGCAUACCAGAAAUAUAGCGUAUAUUCACACGUCCAUCUUGAUUACAUUUUAGCAGUUAAUUGUUAUAGUCUUCACCGUAAGCUUCAUCUUGGUAACCAACGUUGCUGUGUGGACUUACUAUACUGUUAAUGGAUAUUACAUUACGAAGGACUAUUACUCCGUGUCAAGUAUAAGUGACUGUAAUUAUAAUUCAACAUUGAUCUCUAAAGUGUAUUGGAGAUCAAGAGUGAUAGUUGAUCCGAUGAUAAUGUAUGCAUUGCUUGCCAGCAUAUUCGUGUUUGAAAUGUGGCCACUGUACUUACAAAAGGAUCAGUCUGGCGAAAUAGAUACUAGAAGGAAUAUGGAAGAACUUGAAGACAGAUUGGAGAUUUGCAGUAUAAACGUGUAUAAUCAUAUAACAGAGACAGCUCCGCUUAUUCAAAACAAAGGCGAGGAAACCAAAUGUUGUUUCUUUCAUUUCAAAUGUUUUAUAUUAUUCUAUGGUAUCUUUAAGAGAUUUGCGUCAUAGCCAUACGAACCAAUCAAAUUUGUUUAUGUGUGUUGUUGUUUGGUGAUGAUAUACCGGUGUUCCCGUCAAGUACCAAACGAAAAGAUACACAUCGCCCUAUAGAUGUAGUAUUCUACCAUUACAAGGAAAUUACAGUAAAUGAACUCAGUUUAUAUUAUACCGAAGACUGGUGAUUUAAAUGAAUUAAGCAAAUAAUGUUAAAAAAGGUUUUUUUUAAAAGUACACUUCUAAAAAAUAUCAUAUUAAAUAAACAAAUAUUAGAAUAAAAAUAUUGAAAAAAUCAACCCGAGGUCUUAGGUAUAGUAUUACAGAUAUAGCAGGAUAGAAUUUAACGUGGAUAUUCUCAACAACACAAUACAACAAAUGGAAGUUUUUAACGACCUUGACUGGAUAUACAUCCCUCGCACGGUCGGUAAAUCGAACAACACAAUGAACAGUUUCUGGGACGUUUAUCCUGACAAACUAUUUACUUAUAAUAUCGUUGCCUCAAUUAUAGGUACAUUUUUUGAACAACUAUGACUUUUAAUUAAGAAAUAGGCAUACACUAGCAAUACAAGCGCUGUUUCUUUGCUUUUUGUGUUUUUAGCCGUGCAUGUACUGAUUUUGUGUCAUGGAUGAGUAUCCCAUAUCCUUUCUUUCCGUGGUUUCCUUUACUUGAUGCUUUACCCUAGGUAUGUUAUCUUUUCUAAAAGCAAACUUGUUUUUAUAUAGCAUUGUUAUAGAACAUUUGCUGCCCUCUGGAGGUUUUUUCUUGUGUAACUGCGUUGUAAGGAUGUUGUUUCAUUAUGAUAUACAGACAAAUUUACUCAUUUGUGUCAAUAUACCGGUAUAUAUAAAAACAAAUAAAAUACGUAAUACUCGGGUAUUUAAAGUCUAAAAUUUCUAAAAAAAAAUAUGUAAAUGCAUUUAAUGCACGGAUAGGACUACUAUAGUUUACUCCGUCGACAAAGAUUAAACUUAGCGAUACUGUAUUUAAGUACUUUGUGUAUUAAAGGUUUUCGUAUCGUGUUCAAAAUUUCAUUGAGGACAUCAUACAUCUUGUUUAAAUGUAUUAUGUUAAGAGAUGGGAUUUCCGUUGUUAAAUGUUACAACACACCAAAUUUGAAAUAUAUUUUUUCUGGUGAAGAAGUGUACUCAACUGCAUAAUAUUAUAAUAAACAAUUGAAUCCAACUAGGAAGUCCAAUUAUGUUUAUGUCAUUUUAUGUAUUCAAAAUUUCUGUUGAUAUAGACUAGACAAGUGUAAAAUGCGUUUCUGUGAAAAAAACGUACUUUUUCUUGUAUUUGGAGUUAUUUCAGCAUCAUGUUUGUGUUGUAUCAUGUUUGUAACAUCAGUAGAAUAUAACGGAAAGAACAUAUAUACUUUAAUUGGUUUGAUUUCAUUAAUUGUGUUGUGCAUUGUAUCGAUACUUUCAUCUUUCGCUGCUAUAGUUUUGUCUGUGCGCGGACAACAUGUUAUUUCAAGAAAUAUAACGGACCACACAUAUGAUAUGAAAUUAAAAUUUAUAUACUUUUUUGGUGUUGGGAGUGUUGCCAAUCAAAUCAUUCUAUAUAUUUAUGAGUCGGUUUGUCAUAAAUAUAUUAGACAUAGGGUUUUAUACAGGAUAACUUUAAUUGUGUAUUUUGUAACGCAAACACUGUUUAUUAAACUAAUAUCACAUCAGCGAUAUAUCAGGUGGUCGUUGCUUUAUUUUACUUUGUCUGUGUUAUUUAUAACAAACAUUUCAGUCUGGACACAUUACAGCGUUUUUAACUUGCAUGAUGCUAGUAGUAACUCGUCAAAUAAUUCGUGCGUUCUUUCUAAUCUGUAUAGAAGAUCAAGACUUAUAAUGGAGCCGAUGGUCCUAGAGUACUCAUUACUUGCAAACCUAUUAAUACUUGGCAUGUGGCCAAAGCAGCAUACUCAUGAACAUAGUAUGGACGAUUCACAUACCGAAUACGAAACAAUGGAAACGUCACCGCUUUUAUUUCAAUACAGGUCUACAAGAUCAGGAAUAAAGUUUUCAGUUCUCUAUGCCUUAAUUGGAAUCUUAAUUCUCUGUCCCGUCAUUGUCUUUAGGAUUCUUCAAAUCAACGGGGAGUAUGAAAAAACAAUAGAAGUCCUUGUCAGUUAUUCUUUUUCAAACACAGUUCUGAUUUGUUUGACAAUUAAGUGCUUGCAUUUAUUAUCGAUUGAAUGUCGUCAUGGCCACACAAUUUCACAUUCAUCUGGAAAUAUCGUUCUGCUAUUUGGAUCAAGUGGAUAUAUGUUCUUUGUGACUUUAUCCCUGUUUGAAGACAUUCAUAGAAAUGACAACGUGGAACCAUCUACACGAAUUUUAGCCAUUUAUAUGGAGUUGACGUUCAUAUUGUCUUGUUUUUUACAGUGUAUUCUCAUUUUAGAGGCAGACAAAUGCGUAAAGUUUUAUAGAACAGACAAAUUAUUUUUCAUCUCAGUUGAAAAUCUAUGUUUAAUGUUAGGGUUUAUACAUUUAGGAAGCUGGAUUGACGGUUCAUUUCUUUCGGAAUCACACAGUAUGCCUGGAGGUAACGAAGCUGCAUUUUAUAGUAAGAGGACAUAUGCAUUACUUUAUAAUAUUUUCUUUCCUUUUAGAGUUUUCUUUCAUUUUAAAUGUUUUAUUAUCUUUUACGACAUGUACCGAAGGUUUAAAGAAUUACAAUAGUCAAGAAUUUUAGAAUUCUGUGUGAACACGUUUUACAAAUACAGCAAUAAAACGUGUUGUUUAAAGGGGCAUUAGCUGUCAAAUUCAUAUUCACCGAUUUGACUCAAAUUCUCAUUUUUGAUUUAUAACAUACUAAAACGUAUAUCCAAAUUAUAAAAAGUCUAAAUAAACAAUUUACGAUGCAUGUACUCGGUAAUAUGUAUAAGCUUUUCGUGUGUAUUUUUGUCUAGACGCCAUCUAAUUAGCCAUCCAAAGACAGUCGACGGUCAUAUAUAACCCGAUAUAAACAUAAACAUAGGUAUAAAUAGACAGUGAAAACGUGCAAUUGGAUUUUUCUAGGUCUGUUUGAUUUCAGAUGAUAAGUUAAAAAAAUAUGUUAAUCAUCGUUUUUACCUGUGUAAGAAUGCGCUUUUGUGGAUCGAAUCAGUCAACCAAAUGGUUUACCAUUUUUUUCACUUUCAAUGUUAACAUCCUUUUCCUUUUAAUAGCUGAACACGCCUAGUUCAUGCAUAACCCAUCUCUAGCUAAGGGAUUAAAUUGAAGGUCACAUGAAUACGGAUUGAAUAAGGUCGAAUUAUUCACUUGCAAGUGAAUAAUUCAUCAGCGAUGUUUCCUAGCUUAUAUUGACAAAACUGAACCAAAAUGACGGCUAAAAGCGAAUUAUUAUUUCACUAUUUAACUUUCAUAUAUGAUUGAACCAAAAAAAAAAAUCUUUUUUAUUUGUUUUUAUUUCUCGUAGCUAAUGCCCCUUUAAACAGCAAAAUAUUCGUCAAUAAUAAAGUUUGUGCUUUCUCGGUCAGGCAAAAACAUGGCCACCAUGGCUAUAAAUAGAGCAUAAGGUAAAAUUCAUUCAUUGUCUCAUAUCUUGAAAAUGAUAAUAGAUAGAGAAAAUCUGACGAGGGAAAACACUCAGCAUGUCAAGUUCGACAUACUUCAUAAUCCCACCAUACAAAUCAGAUUAUUCCUAAGGAGUUAUUGCAAUGAAAUGGAGAUUUUUCAGGACUUUCCGUGCUUUUGUCGAAAUAUGCGGAUCAGAGUUUCCUGAAUUAAUCCAAUAGUUCUUAAACAGAACAUGAUUUACUUACUAGUUAUAAUUGGCUUUGAACUAGCUUGCAGUAAAUUCGAGUACUCUUAUGUCGGUGCUUUGUGUUAAUUGUUUUUUUGUGCUUCGUAAUUUUUGCCUUUUGUACUGUAUGACUAUUUCCUCAAUUAUACAUAAACAAAUUAGGUCUAUUGUUUUCUAUAGUUAUUUCCUUUAACAAACAGUUCGUUAUGAAUAAAGUUACAUGUUAUAUUGCCAUAAAAGGCAACUUUAAACAAUACGGAAAUAGAUCUCCCAUAUAUACAUGUAAUAUAAUUUGGUCGUUGUUUUUUGAAAGACACACAAUUGAAAGGGAAAAUGGCCAGCAAUUGUCUUAAUGUUCUAAAGGCCAUUUUCAUUUUGCCUUUUACUGCAGGUCUUGUGAAGGAAAGACGGACUGUAGGAUUUUCCUCACAUGACGGUAGCAUUUCUGUGUGUGUCCUUUUAACAACAACCAUUGCAAUAAUUAUAGAAUUGAUGAAUAAUUACAUACAUCAUGACUUUCCACUACGUAUUCUGAUUAUUGCACUGUUAUGCAUUGGGAUAAUUACUUUAAUUUUUUGUUCAGUAAUACUAUCUUUAUGUGGAACAUGGCGUAUAGAAAAAGAAAUAAAAGUUAGUAACCGACUCAAAUUAUUCUUCUUGUGGAUAUUUUGUUGUGGUAAUAUAAUUUAUCAGGUGGUUGAUCUUGUAACGGAAUUUGAAUGCGGCGUUUCAUCUGACCUAUUACUUUCAUCUGUGUAUUACAUUUUGACAUGGGUUUUCACUAUUGGACAAACAAUUUUUAUACAGUGUUUUUCAAAAUACCGAUUUGCAAAUAAAAUCGGUUUAUAUUAUGGAAUACUACUGAUUUUCUUGACUAAUAUUUCAUUAUGGAUGAGUAGAAAUAUUGACAUGUAUUACGAAGAUGUCAAAAAACUGAGAAACGAAACCGACCCUUUUUGUGGCAACAAUACCGUUUUCAUUUCUAAUGAUGCAAAACAUAUUUUUAACUCCUUUCUUGAUCCUGUGUUGUUGGAAUUUUGUUUGCUUAGCCUGAUAUCUUUAUCGGAAUUAUGGCCAAAGCAAAUAUCGCAUAACACGGACAAUGACUUACAGGAAUCCGUAGUAUUGUCCGAGGAAAUUGGAGAACGUGAAUUAUUGCUAUCUGGUGACACUUUGAAUGAUAUAAGGACACCUUGGAAUUUGCAAUCCGUAACUAUAGUGAUAAUAGGAUUGUUAUGUAUCCUAAUUUUAUGCAUUGUGAUCUCCUUUUACAUGUUUUCAGAAAGAGGAAAAAAACUUCCGUUAGCAAUUCACAAUUUUUUCACGUGUGUAGCAGUUCUUCGCAUUCUUCUUAUUUUUAUUUGUUUUUAUUCCCUCUCUGUGCAACUGACACCAAGAACAAAGAAUCGCAAACUUAUGAAUAUGCAUCAUUUUAUCAUUUUAACAAGUUCUGUUGCGACAUGUGCCUACUAUGCUGUACAGCGAACCAUUGUAUUUUCCACUCUUCGGUCAAUUGCAACAGUGCUUCAGACAAUAUUUAUAUUACAGAUGAAACAUUAUCGGAAGGUAAAUCUUACGAACAGAUUUUUUUCAAUUCAAAACGUGUUUCUCAUCUUGUCAAUCGACAAUUUGGCGGUAUGGAUCUUCUAUACCUUUGCGUACGGUCACAAAUAUAUCAAUUUGUUAUAUACACCGAUCACUUUUGACGUUGUUACAUGGAUUAAGUAUAAUCAUUUCUGGGUACCGUUUGUUAUGUUUUAUCACUUUGAAUGUUUUAUUUUAUUUUAUUGUCACUUUUCAGAAUGAUAUAUGAAUAUUGAUAAAUAGUACCAUAGAAAUUUGGAAAA